AUGUAUGUGGAUGCUCUCGUCUUCUAUGAGAAAUCAUUGGAUAUCAAAAAGAAACAUAUACCAGCUGAUCAUUCAAACAUAGCCAAGUCAUAUCAUAAUAUGGGAUGUAUAUAUGAUGCCCUCGGACGAUAUGACCUUGCGAUGGAGCAUUAUACUCGAGCACUCAAGAUUCAGGAGAAAUCCCUACCACAUGAACAUCCAGAUAUCGCCAAGAGCUACCGCAGCAUCGGUGUGAUACAUGAGAAGAAGGGUGAAUGGCGAGAAGCACUGGCUAGCUAUGAAAAGGCUGCCGAAAUCUAUCGUAGUUCGUUAUCACCUCAACAUCCAUAUGUGAUCGAAGUCAACGAAGACAUUCGACGUCUGUCAUCACGACAAAGCUUAUUCAGUAGCGUUUUGGAUUUUCUUCGUGGAGUACUUGCAAUAUAA